GGAGGUGCUGCUUAACUGAUUUAUGCUCAUCUUAGGCAAGUUAAACUGGCAUCUACAGGCAUCUAAGCCCAAGUGGCUGACUGGCUGCAUCAUCAUGGUCAACCUGUGCUGUCUCUGCUGCGGUGAACUCCCUGAACCCCGCCCCCCUCUGCCCGGCCGGCCCGGAGCAUCGCGGGACUCCCGCCCCGCGCAGCAUCAGCCCCAGCAUCAGCCCCAGCAUCAGCACCAGCAUCAGCACCAGCAUCAGCACCAGCAGCCCGCCGGCUCCGGACCAGCCGCACAGGGGUGGACAGGGGUUCAACAAUCCCGAGCAAAUGGAGGCAUAUUGACAGUAAAGAAGGGGAACAAAGAAGCUUAAACUUCUGAUUUCCCACUGAGAGUGAAAAGUGCGGCAUGCUCUCUUCAGAUCAGGACUCAGAGGACACGGCGGCCAGCGGUGCCAAUGAUGCGGAGGGAGAGGAGCCUGAGGAGGAAUCACCUGCUGCCAGUGAUGCUCCAGGAGAACAUCAUCCAGUCCAGCAGUCCCUGGGCGCUUGCGUCUGCCAGGAGUCCCUGUGGCGCUGCCUGCUGCUGUCUAUGCUCAUGUACAGCUGCCUGGGAGCAGUUGCCUGGUGUCAGCUGACCAGAGUUACCAAGAUCAGCUUCAACUCCGCCCUCACCUCAUCCUUCUCCGCCUCCUUCACCUCCUCCCUGAGGGGGGCUCCUGGAAUCGGCGUCGGAGGGCCCUCCAUGAUCUACCACGACAGCCCGUGCUCUGACGGCUACAUCUUCAUCCCCCUGGCCUUCCUGUUGAUGCUCUACAUCUUGUACAUGGUGGAGUGCUGGCACUGCAGAGCCAGGAGCGAGCUGCAGUCCAAAGCAGACGUGGACAGCGUGUACGAACGCGUGAUGCGGAUGCGACAGGCCCAGCCGUGCAUUUGGUGGAAGGCCAUCAGCUACCAUUUUGUUCGACGGACUCGGCAAGUCACCCGGUACCGCAAUGGCGACGCCUACACCACCACGCAGGUGUACCACGAGCGGGUGAACACCCAUGUGGCUGAGGGUGAAUUUGAAUACGGUCACUGUGGGAUGAAAGAUGUGUCACGUGACCUGAGGGGCUUGGACGAACACCCGGCAACCCGCUUGCACUUCACUAAGUGUUUCAGCUUCACAGAGUCAGGACCAGAAAAUGAUUACCUCAACCAGAGAGCAAGGUUCUUCUCUGAAGUGGAAGGUUUGGAUGAUUAUAUGGAGGCCCGGGAGGGGAUGCAGCUGAAGAAUGUGGACUUCAGAGACAACCUGAUAGCCUGUGUUGACCCAGACAGGAUGCCCUGGUACACUUCACAGGUCGCCUUCUGGCUCGCAGCUCUGCUCAUGCUGUCCUGGCCUCUCAGAGUCCUCAUUGAGUACCGCACCACUUACGUACACUACCGAAUAGAGAAGCUGUUUGGUUUGGAGUACGUCCACAGUAGUCCUUCUCCUUUAGACGAGGACCGGCCCGUGGGGAUCAAUACCGGUUGUGUCAUUCCAAGAGUCAACACACUGGACAGCAGUGACAUGGAGUGGCACAUAGGUUGCAACCGCCAGCUGAUUCCCAGUUACUCAGAAGCCAUCCUGAUAAACAUGAACUCAGGAAACCCUUCAUCCUCCAACUGCGUCCGAUUAGAGGGCUGCAACCAGCCUGCUCAGAACUACGGAGCAAUUCAAAGCCAGGACGACCGUGGGGAGGGCAGCGAGCUGAACGGACGGGGAGCGGCCGCAGGAGGGAGGAGGAGGACCAUCACCAGCUCCAGCUGCUCCUCCAUCUUUUCCUGCCGCGGAACGGUGUUCCAGUCCCACCUGUCCUCAGACACGUCCCGUCUGUCCCUCUGCCGUAUGUACGGCUCUCAUCGCAGCGUGGGUCCGUGGAGGAGCCGGAGCAGCAACUUCUCUGAGCCGUGCUGCAUGGACGAGCAGUGCUGCCGGUCCGACUCCAGCCAGCUGGCGCUCAGUGACAGUCCACCAACUUACAGGGACGCCCACUUCUUCCCGUCCCUCAUUGUGCAUUGGUCUGAGGGGAAUGAGGACGGGAGGGAAUCAAGGCGUUACUACGUACGAAGGGGGUCGUCAUGCGUGGAGACGGCUUUGUAAUAAAGUUAGAUCCUUUAACGGUCAAUAAUAGUGGCGUUAAAGGGUUGGGAGCUGCAGACAUUUGUGGAUAAAAUGAGCUCAUGAAAAAAAUACUAAUUUUGAAAUGUUUUUAUAAGACCUCCUACUUUUUUACUUAUCUACAAACAGUCAUAGUCUUGAAUUGUAUUUAAAAAAUAAAUUAUAUCAUGAAAAAAGACAACCUGUGACUCAAACUAUGCAAUGCUUAGGCAAGCCCUCUGAGGGGGCUGAGGGCCUUCGCCCGGCUCCGGUCAUUUUGACCCGAGCCUUCGCGCCUUGCAAGGGUUAAAAAAACAAAACAUCCUCUCCUGGUUGCAUGAUCUGAGCGUCGUACUUUUAUCAUCAAGGGUCUGCAAAUGUAAAAGCUAAUGUGCUCAAAAUGGUUUCUUACUUUGAACGGUUCAGAGUAGACGAUUAAGUGACCUGCAAGAAGAAACAGUUAAAAAUGAAAUAUUCUCCUCAAUUUUCUAAGCAAAAUUAGAGAAAUGUUGUUUUGUACAGCUUUAGAGAGGAGAGAGGAGCUAAACCAGAUAGACACCCCUUUCCAUUCACACCACCUGACCAAACCAUCAUUGAAUGAUGUGGACAGGUCUCAGGAGAUUUCUGCAUGCAAGACUAACCAAGGAUGUCCCAGAAGUGUAAGCCUUUGGGCAGAAGAAUGAAAUAAAAUGUCACUUCACCAUUCUUUCUGCAAAGGCUACUGCCAAGAAGUGUUCACAAACUGUGUUCAUUU